GUCGGCGUGUGUGACCUCAGGGCUGCACCUCGUGGCUCCCAGGCCCUGUGAGACGCGACUGUAGGUGGACAGACCAAUCCCGACCUGAGGAGAGCUGGUUCCUUUCUGGGGAAGGCACAGAUUUGGGAUUUUGAACUUCUGACGCUCUCGCCAGGAAAAGGUCCACCAUGUCUGGCGUGCAGUCCAAAGCAGCCAGGCUUCAAAAGGAGCGGAAAGAAAAGCUGUCGGCAGACAGGGAGAGAAAAACGGCCACAUCUCUGUGCUUAAAGCACAGCGAAGUACCAGCAUCCAUGAUGAAGCAGUUUAAUGCUUUAAUGGAAAUGCAAGAGGCGAUGUUUGCAGAGAUGAGAGAAACCUAUAAAAACGAUAUAAAGGAAAUGCUGUUAAAACGAACAGCACCUUGGGUGAAGCGUUUGGAAGAGCGGAUAGGGCAGCAAGAAGGAGAUGCAGACUCGGAAAGGCCAAAGCCAGGAGAGAAAGUGGAAGAGGAAAGUUCCGGAACAGACGAGGACACUGAAAACCUGACUGUGAGAAGCAAGAAGGGUAACCUGGACAGGAAGCAGGACAAAGCUAAACCACUCAACAGCAGCCAUGUCCUGAAAUCAUCACUAGAGAGAGUGGGAGCAGCCCUGCGUGGGGAACAUGGCAGGUGUGGAGAGAGCAGCAGCCUUGUAGACCGGAAGAAUGCGAAUGAGAAGCCAGCCCGAGAACCCAGCUGUCAGAGUGAAGAGAAUCCUCUCAAGGCCCCCAAACAGAGCCCGCCCGAAGGAGGCGCCGGAGCCACCCUGAGGCUGGCUGCUGACUUCUCGGCAGCCACGCUGGAUGUCGGCAGGCAGUGGAGUCAAGUCUUCCGCCUUCUGAAAGAAAAGGAGUUGGAGCCUGAGCUGCAGUGCUCCGUGAAGUUGGCAUUUAAGUGUGAUGGGGAGGCGAACGUUUUCUCAGACCUUCACAGCCUCCGUCAGUUUACCAGCAGAAAGCCUUUUCUGAGAGAGUUGCUGAAAGAUGUGUUCCCGCAAAAUGAAGGAGGAAGAAGAAACGAGCUUCGGGAGAGAUUGGGUAAAACGCUAGGAGACACGAAGCAUGAAGCUAGAAGAAUAGCGAGUGACAGUUUGAGCUUCCUGUUCGUCAAAGAGGUAGAAGUCGCUAGUCCAGAGGUGAAGACUUACAAAGAAGAAACACUGGACCCGAAGAAUAAAGGAACUCUCGAGAAGCAGGAGGGGGAAGAAGAAGAAAUCUCAGAGACACAGGGAGAAGAAACUUCAGAGGGAGAGACCUCAGAGUUGGGGGAGGAAGAGGGAGAGGGUUCAGAGUCAGAAGAGGAGGAAGAGGGAGAGGGUUCGGAGUCAGAAGAGGAGGAAGAGAGUUCUGAGUCAAAAGAGGAGGAAGAAAGUUCAGAGUCGGGGGAGGAGGAAGAGGACUCUGGGGAGGAGGAGGAAGAGAACUCAGAAAUGGGGAAGAAGGAGGUAGCCUCCAUACGACAGGAAGUUCUGGGCUCGGCCUUUCAGGGCCUUGCAGUGGCAGAAGAAUGUGGUGUCGGGAAAAUCACCAGGACUGCUGAGCAGAUUGGCUUAAUUAGUUUGGUAGUAGAUUCUGAAUCAGAGGAAGAAGUAAACAGAAAGACGGCUUCCCAGACUAAGAACAAGGAGACCUUCCAUGGACUUAAAGAACUUGCCUUUAGUUACCUGGUUUGGGACUCUAAGAAAAAAAAGCUGGUGAGAUGCCAGGAGGGAGAAGCAGCUGCCGCUUCUACUCAAAGGACUGGGAUGCCGUGUCUAACCUUAUAUUUGACUUCUCCAUCAGAAUCUUUAGGGGCAGGUAGCGAUGGUCCUAAAAGCCAUUCAUGUACAAAGUUGAGUGCUCUGUCACAAGUCUCUCCACUUUUAAUGAACAUAGAAAAGGGGAGGUACAAGGCGCUGCAAACAGAAGAGCUAACAGCCAAAGAAGCAGACUUGAUCCUUGAAACCGAAGAAAACUUUAGGAGAGGCGUGAUCAGUGUUAUCAGACAGAUGCAAAGGGAGGUCGACAAAAUCAAAAACAUUUACGUUUCUGACGUCCUGAAUAUGAAAAGUGAACUGGAUGACCUGAAUUCCUUAGCUUGCAUGAUUGAGGCCAGGGUGAGCGAACAGGAAGAUGCCAAGGAUACAAUGCAGUUAGCCAGGGAGAUCAUUGAUAAAGAAAGGCUGAGAGAGAGGGAAGAUAGGUUUCGAAGCUCCAACAUCCGUGUGAUAGGGAUUCCAGAGAAAGAAAACCGGGAGAACGGAGCGGUGGACAUAAUUAAGGAAGUAAUUGAAGAAAACUUUGCCGAGCUAGAAGACCAGAGCCUCGAGAUUGUCAGCGCUCAUCGUGUCCCUAAUUCAGUGGAUGAGCACAGAGUCACGCCUAGACACAUCUUAGUGAAGUUUGGGAGUGCUAGUGAUAAGCAGAGAGUCCUAAAAGCUUCCAGAGCAAAACAAGAAAUAACCUACAGAGGGUCCAAGAUCAGACUGACAGCUGACUUAUCACCUGGUACAAUAGAUGCACGGAGCCAGUGGUGCGGUAUCAUAAAAAUUCUGCAAGACAAAGGCUUUCAGCCGAGAAUCCUUUAUCCUGCCAAACUGGCAUUUGAUUUUAAAGGUAAAACCAAGAUAUUUUUUGACAUUGAGGAAUUCAAGAAGUUUAUCUCUGAUAUACCCUAUUUGAAAGAUCUGUUGAACAAUAUACAUUAG